UUCAGUAGAGAAACCGGGGACUGGGGAUCAUGGCGGGAGCCGAGACUGGGGACGCGGCAGGAGCUGAGGCCCCGCAGCCCCAGAAGCGCUACUAUCGGCAACGUGCUCACUCCAACCCCAUGGCUGACCACACGCUGCGCUACCCUGUGAAGCCUGAAGAGAUGGACUGGUCUGAGCUAUACCCAGAGUUCUUCGCUCCACUGACUCAAAAUAAGAGCCAUGAUGACCCAAAGGAUAAGAAAGAAAAGAGAGCUCAGGCCCAAGUGGAGUUUGCAGACAUAGGCUGUGGCUAUGGUGGCCUGUUAGUGGAACUGUCACCAUUGUUCCCAGACACACUGAUUCUGGGUCUGGAGAUCCGGGUGAAAGUCUCAGACUAUGUACAAGACCGGAUUCGGGCCCUUCGAGCAGCUCCUGGAGGUGGCUUCCAGAACAUCGCCUGUCUCCGUAGCAAUGCCAUGAAACACCUUCCUAACUUCUUCCGCAAGGGCCAGCUGACAAAGAUGUUCUUCCUCUUCCCUGACCCACAUUUCAAGCGGACGAAGCACAAGUGGCGAAUCAUCAGUCCCACGCUGCUGGCAGAAUAUGCCUACGUGCUAAGAGUUGGGGGGCUGGUAUACACCAUAACUGAUGUGCUGGAGCUACAUGACUGGAUGUGCACCCAUUUUGAAAGGCACCCCCUGUUUGAGCGUGUGCCCCUGGAGGAACUGGUAAGUAGGGGGCCUGAGGGGAGUUGUGAAGAAGGAGGCCUUUUCCAGAGUGGUUCUGUAUUCUUUGAACCCAGCUCAGUGCCAGGAGGAUGGGAUGGGAGUCUCAGGGCCAGGGGCCAUCUGAAAGGUGGGCAAGGACUUAUCAGACCCUUCUUUUCUCAGAGUGAAGACCCCAUUGUGGGACAUCUGGGCACCUCAACCGAGGAGGGCAAGAAAGUCUUACGCAACGGAGGCAAGAAUUUCCCAGCCAUCUUCCGAAGAAUACAGGAUCCCACCCUCCAGGCAGUGGCCCCCAAUCCCACCCCCCUGGGCCACUGACGGCCUGCCUUGCCUUAGCUUGACCCCAGGACCUUCCCAGCUGAGACUGCUAGGG